AUGUCUAAACCAAGAGGAGCAGAAACGACGACUGCGAUUGGUAUCGAUCUUGGUACCACGUACUCGUGUGUGGCAGCAUGGUUUCAUGAGCACAACCGUGUUGAGAUCAUUCCUAACGAACAAGGAAACAAGAUUACCCCCUCGUGCGUUGCUUGGGACGGCACUCGACUCUUGGUUGGCGAGUCCGCAAAAAAUCAGAUCACCAGGAACCCUAACAACACCCUUUUUGAUGUGAAACGUUUAAUGGGGAACAGAUUUCGCGAUAUUAGAGUUCAGGAGGACAUUAAGUCAUGGCCUUUCAAGGUAACCGAAGGGAAUGAACGGAAGCCAAUGAUUGUAUUUGAACACGAUUCACAUGAAAACAGAUCUUAUUCACCCGAAGAAAUAUCUUCCAUGAUUCUGAAGAAUCUGAAAGAGGCUGCUGAAGCCUACCUCGGAAAAAAAGUUACAGACGCGGUUAUAACUGUGCCUGCAUACUUUAGUGACAAGCAACGACAGGCAACCAAAGACGCCGGUGCCCUUGCGGGUCUUAAUGUCAUGCGUUUGAUUAGUGAGCCAACAUCAGCGGCAAUUGCCUAUGGCUUAGACAAGAGUGCAGAUUUGUACUGCCCCAAAGACAAAAAUGUUUUCGUCUUUGAUAUGGGAGGAGGAACAUUUGACGUGUCACUUCUCAAUAUCAGCAAGGCUGGUACCAUUAGUGUUAAAGCUGUUGGGGGUGACACUCAUUUAGGCGGUGAGGAUUUUGACAGGGAGAUGGUCAAGUAUUGUGCCCAAGAAUUCAAGGAUAAAGUGAAUAAGGAUGUAAGUGAGAACGCAAGAGCAAUGAUGAGGUUGAAAGUUGCAUGCGAGAAAGCGAAGAGGGAUUUGUCGUCAACGACUGAGACAUCAAUUGAAGUGGAUUCUCUGUUUGAAGGAACUGAUUUUUCAAAGAAAAUGUCGCGGGCAAGAUUUGAGAAGCUGAAUGGUAGGUUCUUUGAGAAGUGCAUUGAACAUGUGGAGAAUUGUUUGAGAGAUGCAAAUAUACACAAGAAUGAUGUUGAUGACGUAGUCAUCGUUGGUGGAUCAACAAGGAUCCCAAAGGUACAACAGAUGCUGAUAGAAUUCUUUGAUGGGAAACGGCUUUGCAAGAGCAUUAACGCCGAUGAAGCUGUGGCUUAUGGGGCAGCAGUGCUGGCGGAAAAGUUGAGUGGUUCACGCAAUGUAGUUGUGCAAAAUCUGGUACUUGAAGAUGUGACUCCUCUUUCUCUAGGUAUUUGGGCCAGCGUAGGUGGCAUGAGUUUAGAUGUACAAGAUAUGAGUGUCGUGAUCCCCAGAAACACACCCAUACCUGUCACCAGGGAUCACAUGUAUGUUACAAAUCAUGAUAACCAAACAUGUAUGAAAAUCAAAGUAUAUCAGGGUGAGAGCAAAAAAACCGAAAAUAACAUCUUCCUUGACAAAUUCACUCUUGAUGGAAUCCCACCAAGUCCUGCAGGAAAACAAGCCAUCAAGGUUUGCUUUAGCAUAGAUGCCAAUGGUAUUCUCAAUGUGUCAGCACAGGUGGUAUCCACAGGUAAGAAAAGAAGCAAAGCAAUUGCUAGCGCAGCAGUAAAUAGGCUGAUUCAUCUCAUGAAGAAAAAGCUAUCAUAA